CUUGGAACUGUGAGAGAGUCUACAGACAAGUGCUUUGGUAUUCCAAGACUCCUUUUUCCAAGGAGCCUAAAAUCAGGGCUUUGUGGCAAGGUUGCCUUGGAAAGUUUGGAAAUAUUGUGUGAGUGUUAUUGUUUCUUCAGAUAUAAUCCCUUGACACUGAGGAUGCAGGGCUCAUGAAACCAGAAAACAUCAGGUCUGACCGAAAGAGAAGAAAAGGAAAGAAAAAAAGCAGCAACACCCCACGACAACACACAGUGCUCUGUCUAUUGAAAGAGGACUUGGCAGAGUUCAGUGGUGGCAGAGCAACUCCAAGCGGUACUAAGGGACGUGCCCAGAGUGGACAAAUCAUGCUAAUUGUGUGCAAGAAGUAUCUAAAACUAAACCCAAAAUGAAGAGAGAAAGCAAAGUCUUGUCCAGAGUUCUCAGUAUUCCGGGUUUCGUGCACGUAGCUUGCCUCCUCAUAAUCUACUAUACAGAGUUGCUUGAAGGAGUCAAUAUCACCAGCCCGGUGUUGUUAAUUCAUGGUACAGUUGGCAAGCCUGCCCUUCUAUCCGUCAGAUACACCAGCACCAGCCGUGACAAACCUGUGAUCAAAUGGCAAGUGAAGCGUGACAAGGCUGUGACUGUGGUGCAGUCCAUUGGUACUGGGAUCAUUGGAAACCUGCGCCCAGAAUACAAGGAUCGGAUUAAAAUAUUUGAGAAUGGCUCCUUGUUGAUCCAUGAGUUGCAGUUAUCUGAUGAGGGAACAUACGAAGUGGAGAUCUCCAUCACAGAUGACACUUUUACAGGGGAGAUGAACAUUAACCUUACAGUGGAUGUUCCAGUGUCCAAGCCUCACGUUGCCCUGGCCUCCUCCACUGUUCUGGAACUCAGUGAAUAUUUCACUCUGAACUGCACCCACGAGAAUGGCACGAAGCCCACCUACACAUGGCUGAAGGAUAACAAACCCCUUAGCAAUGAUUCCCGGCUGAUCCUCUCUCAUGACCAGAAGGUGCUGACUUUCACCAGAGUCCUCAUGUCCGAUGAUGACACAUACAGUUGUCUGGUUGAAAACCCCAUCAGCCAUGGGCGCAGCAUCCCUGUAAAACUGACAGUAUACAGGAGGAGCUCCCUCUAUAUAAUCCUCUCCACGGGAGGCAUUUUCCUUCUAGUUACCUUAGUGACUGUCUGUGCCUGUUGGAAGCCAUCAAAGAAGAACAAAAGGGAAAUGGAGAAACAAAGCUCCUUGGAAUAUGUGGACCAGAACGAAGAACAUUUAAAACAUGAUGUAGAAAUUAUCCCUCGAAGUGGAGAACAUGAACGCAAGAAUCCAGUUGCUUUGUACAUCUUGAAAGACAAGGACUCUCCAGAAGCUGAAGAGGAACCCCUUCCUGAUUCCCAAAAUGUGGCUGAAACCUCCCCACCCAGCUAUUCGUGCUCUCCGCCUCCUCCUGGAAGGUCACCCGGACUGCCCAUUCGGUCUGUGCGUAGAUACCACCGCUCCCCAGUCAGGUCUCCAGUCAGCUCCAGAACACACAUAUCCCCUACCAGGUCCCCCAGCUCUCCAGGAUGUACCCCAAACACCACACGCAUGGUGCGGACUGCGGGAGUUCAUAUCAUCCGGGAGCAGCAGGGGGAAGGGAGCACUGUGGAAAUCAAUGCCUGAAAGUCAUUGGCAGUGUGUGCAUAACUAUGUUUAUGUCUGUGUAUGUAGCGAGGAAGCCUCGCUGUGCCUGCGAAUGUCUUUGGGGGUUGGCCUUGGGCAUUUUUGCACACACAAAUGGGUGUUUCCAAUUAUAGGAGGAUACCUGGGCUCUGCUUGUAGAGAAAAAGUGGGAAUCACACAGCGUUCCACUGGCUGGAUGGACCCGCUUUACAAGGUUUACAGUAGAUUCAUUGCUCUUGCUUCCCUAUGUUGUUUAAAGGCACUAACCUGCUAUUUGUUGUAACAUCCAAGGAGUAGCACACAGGUGUUAUUAAAUCUUUUGCUUUUGAGAAUGAGGUCCCCCUAAUUCCCAUAAAACCUUGUGUUUCUAUCCAACCCCUUUGAGACCUUUGUGGGUAUCAGUCAUGGGGGGGAGAAUGGACCCAAUGGGAAUUUAUCUACAAGUCAAAUGUCUCAAAGCAUACUAGUGGACUUCAAUGUUGUCAAGUGAAUCAUAAAUAUCAACCUCUUUUUAAUUAUUAGGAUAUCUUAGAAGUCUUUGAAUAUUGUUACAUCCAGAGUGAUUAAAACUGCCACAUCCAGAGUGUUUAAAAAGACCAGAAAGUCCCAGAAUUUGUCCCUGUUCUGAGAUGCAGAACUACAUACUACAAAGAGGAGCUGGAGUAUCUUUCUUUGCAAGCAUGGAGUGGGGGACAUAGCUUAGUAGGCAGAGUACAUCCUGUAUAUGCAUAAUGUCACAGAUCUGGUCCCUCACAUCUUGAUGUAUGAAAGCAGUUCUUGAAUCAGAGAUAGAGUCUAGGGUGCAGGAGACUCACUGUCAGGCAGAGAAGAUAUUGUGGAGAACUUGUGGUCUUCCAGGCAUUUUUGGACUCCAACUUCCAUAUUCCCAAGACAACACAAACUGUCUGAUAAGGAUGAGCACUGUAGUCUGGCUAUAUAUAGAGAAACUAAGGGAAGCCACAGGUUUCUCAAGUUUGGAGUGGACAGUGCUCAGCUAAAUGGGUCAAUGGUUUAAGGUGUUUUUGUGUCCACAUAAACCUAGCAAUGGGCAGUUCUUGUGGGCAGCUAUUUGCUAGUUUCAUUUGAUGUCUGUAUUGAAGAGGAAGGGGCUAAAUGACUUGCAUUCCUUUGUGUUCAUAAGCCAACAUAGAAAUCAAAGAUAAGUUUGACCAUGAAGUAGGGCUACACAGGGCCAGAGCAAUUCUCUUUCUACCUACCCUGCAAGAAGUGUCAGGGUACAGAGACCAAGCUUGAAUGAAAGACCAAGCUGAUCCAUGCUUUUCAGUAUUUGUCAAAUGAACAUAAUUUAUAUAUUGCAUUAAACCUUAGUGAUGAAUGUG